GUUCAGAGGCAGUGUUGAAGUGCAAAGCAUGUGCACGUGUGUGCAGGAGAGCACGAGCACAGUCCACUGUUGCAGCUCUCUAGUUGUUUCUCGGGAGUCGCGGGAAAUGGCAAACUCCACCGUCUCCUUGGAAACCACUGAAUAAAUGACAAUGGCUGAGACAAUCUGCUGCACUUUGGUAAACUGUAGCUGUGACAGCUUCAAUCCCGGGAAGCUGAAGAGGAGGCAGUGUGAGAACUGUAAGCACGGCUGGGUGGCACACGCACUCAGCAAACUCAAGGCGCAUCACAUGUACCAAAGCAGCCAGGUGGAGAUCGUGCACUCCAACGUAGUGUUUGAUAUCUGCAGCCUGAUGCUGUACGGCACCCAAGCUAUCCCCAUCCGCCUCAAGAUCCUCCUGGACCGUCUUUUCUCUGUCCUUAAACAGGAAGAAGUCAUCCAGAUCCUCAAUGCACUGGACUGGACGCUGCAGGACUACAUACGAGGAUAUAUCCUUCAGGAUGUAGCUGGGAAGGUUCUGGAUCGAUGGGCUAUCAUGACGUUUGAGGAGGAGAUCGCCACACUGCAUCAGUUCCUACGUUUUGGUGAGACCAAGUCCAUUGUGGAACUAAUGGCUCUGCAGGACAAGGAGGGCCAGGCAGUGUUGGUUCCCAGUAGCCGCACUAACUCUGAUAUCCGCACUUUCAUAGAGCGCAACACCCCGCACAACUCUGUCAACCUCUCCACAGCCAAAACUGAGAAGCUAAGUGGUAGUAGCAUGCACCACUUUGAGAACUUCAUCAACAGCAUGGCCUUCAUGCUGCCCUUUCAGCUGCUGGGCUCUGUUCCUGCACCAUUUCUGGGCUCCCCAUCAGGUACACUGCAGCAGCACCAGCGGCCCCAGCAGCCAUGCCGAGGGUCACUGGACCAGCAAGAUCAGAGACAAGAAGAUCAAGGACAGGACUGUCUCAGGAAGGACAACAUUCACCAUCUUUCUCAUCUUCCAGAGUCCAGCAUGCUCAGUACCAGCUCUGCCUCAUCCUACAUGGAACUUGAACAAAACCAAGAAAAAACAGCUGACAGCCUUCCAGCCACCACAAAAAUUGAGGUUGAGGACUUCUCCACCAGUGACAACUACUCUGAUGGACCCUCCACACCCUGCACACCUUCCAUGAGCUCUGAGCUAACACAGAUGUCACCUGAAGGUAAGAUGCGCUCUCUGGACAGGAAUGGUGGCAGCAUUGGGGCAGGAGCUGGGCCAGGUUCUCUGAAGAAGGGCCGUGUAUUUUGUAAUGCUUGUGAGAAGACAUUUUAUGACAAGGGUACAUUGAAAAUCCACUACAAUGCAGUGCACCUAAAAAUUAAGCACAAGUGUACCAUUGAGGGCUGCAACAUGGUGUUCAGCUCAUUGCGCAGCCGGAAUCGCCACAGUGCCAAUCCAAACCCACGCCUGCACAUGCCCAUGAAUCGCAACAAUCGAGACAAAGACCUAAGAGGUAGUUUGUCCGGUGAUGAAAGCUCUCAAGGGGAAAAAAGGCCCGAAUAUGGCACCUCUGUCCCUGUGUGUUCUACAGAAAGCCAUAAGACAGUGCCCAGCUAUAUGGUGAGCCACGUGGACAAUGGCUCGAAAAUCCAUAGUACCUCCUUCCCCAGCAUGGGUCAAAGUGGCAUCCUCUUCCCAAACUUAAAAACAGUACAGCCAGUCCUGCCAUUCUAUCGCAGUCUAGUGAGCCCAGCAGAGCUGGCCAACACCCCAGGAACACUGCCGUCCCUCCCACUGCUGUCCUCAUCUGUCCCCAUCAAACCAUCCAUGGCCCCUGAACCCUGCAUAGUAGACCCUAUACCAAAGAAGAAGUCUCGAAAAUCAAGUAUGCCAAUAAAAAUAGAGAAGGAGCCAAUAGAACGAGAUGAGCAGCUGGAUAAGGGCAGCAGCUCUGAGGACGAAGCUGCUACAUUGAGCAGGGACAAGGAGUGUGAAAAUACUCGAGAAGAAGGGCAAAUGUUUGCAAGGGGAGCUGAGGAAGAGCCUGAGGAAAAGAAGCAGGAGAGAAGAGUAUAUAGUGAUGAAGAGAGAGAAGAGGCAGAGUGUCUUGUGAACCAAGAUUUAAAGUUGAUUGGCAAGGAGGACAAAGACGGUGAAUCACAGCAGGCUGAUACGGGAGUUAUCACCUGUACAACUUUGUGCUUUGGCAAUAAGCUGAGAGAGAACAACUGUGAGGACCACUUAUUUUGUGAAGAGCACAUUAAGAAGGAUGAAAAAGAAGACGGAGAGUGUCCAGCCGAAAAACUUUCUGAGCUCAGGUGGGAUGAGGGAGAGCACAGGAUGGCUAACGGGGUCACGCUCCAGUUCUUAAACAAUGAAAAAGAUGGGUCUGACAGCCGUGUACAAGACUUCAGUGACUCAGGAAUCUCUCACCUGGACACCGACCCUGACCUUCCACACCAUUGUGAGAUGUGCAGUAAGACCUUUAAGAAUCCCUACAGCAUGAAGCUGCACUACCAAACUGUCCACCUAAAGGAGAUGCACAUGUGCUCAGUUGAUGGCUGCAAUGCUGCCUUCCCUUCCCGCAGGAGCCGAGACAGACACAGUGCAAAUUUAAACCUCCACCACAAGCUGCUAACCAAAGACACAUUCAGCCCACCAAACGUCCUGUACUCACCCACAUCCCACUGCAGAGACUCUGUUGUUCAAGACUACUGCCAUGGCCAGAGGGACAGAGAUCUGCUCCAGAGGGACUCUACUAGUCAGACCUCAGUCAUCUUCAGGGGACACAACCGCAUGGGCCUGGUCUUCCCUAUGAGCAAAGUGUCAGCAGCAUCAGAAAGCCUUGAAGUGACUCCACUGGAGGGGUUAGGGGGAGGGCAUUCUGGGGGAAAUGUGGAUGACGGGGCAGUCCUCGACCUAAGCACCUCCUCCACAAUCCCACCCCCCAGCAACAGCAGUGCUCGAUCAUCUUGGGACUCAGACGGAGCGGGUAGUGAGGAAGGAGUAAUGAUGGAAGAGGAGGAGGAGACGCUGCCCAUGGAGGACACUGAUGAAAGCUGUGACGGGGUUGAGAUUGGGAAGCCUGGGGUCGAAGAGUUGGCACUUGGGGAAGAAAGGACCCUAGGCUGUGUUGGCGUUGUUCAGGGUGGUGGGAGCAGCUUUCCAAUAACCUGCCACAUCUGCCAAAAGGUGUACAGCAACAAAGGCACAUUCAGGGCCCAUUACAAAACUGUCCAUCUGCGGCUGCUCCACAAGUGUAAAGUUCCCGGCUGUGAUACGUCCUUCUCUUCGGUACGAAGCAGAAACCGGCACAGCCAGAACCCAAACCUCCACAGGAACCUGGCUGUGAGCUCAAGAACUGCUCUGGACCAGGAGUAAAGACUCGAGCUGCCGUACCACCAUGACUCAUUUCCUUUGUUGCUGAUUUGUUUGUUUGGUGGUGGUGGGGAUUCACGUAAUUAUCGCCAAUUAGCACUUUUUGAAUUAAAUAUGUAUUCCGUAAUGGUGCAGUCAUGUGGCUGUAACAUAAAUGUCUGAAGAUCAUUUGUUGUGACAAACAGAGAACUGGAAAAGUGUUUUUUCUCCACAGCCAAUAAAAGUAAAAUGUGUUGGAACGGACUUGGUAUUAAGAAGGCCUUCCUCCAUGUGUCCCAACUCUUCAUUUACAUGAAGAGAAUUUUUGUGUUGUGCAAGUGAGACGGAACUCACGAAACUUUGUCAUCUGGUGUUUCGCUGUCAAAUGUCUACACUGUGAACUGUGGCGUUGUGCAUAACGUGUUGAUGAGAAGCAGAUGUGACGCAAGCACUGUGUUUCAUUGUGUCCGCUUUCUUGUGCGUAUUAUGUGAUGUUGUUUGAUCGACAUUGUUCUUUCUGUCUGUACUAUUCUGGUGCACACUGCUAAAGAUGACCAAAGAUCUGCUUCAUUCCAUGGUUAACAGACAGUCCAUCAUCCUGUGGAGGAGCCGUGUAGUCUAAACGGGUCCUCAGCGAGCAGAUGGAUUCACACGGGGCGUCCGCUGUGUUCAACAAAACACGUCUGGCAGCGAGUGUCUCAGUGGCAUUUUUCAUGUAUUUAGACUUGAUUAAAGCAUCGCUGUUGUCACGUCUGUGUGAAUUCUGGCUGAGCAGACAAAUGGCACAAUGACACACACAAACACACAUUAGGCAAACAUACUGUGAAUAAGUCAAACACUGAGAAAUAGUUAAAGUAAAUGCAGCUGAUAACAAAGGCCAGACACACGCAAGCAAACUGGCAAAUAAAUGUUUGUAUAUUCUGUGAAUAGACUUAUUUGUAACUGAAAUAAACCAAAAAAUAAGUAAAAAAGAAAAAAGGUUCACCACUUACAGUGGACAUACAUCUUCAACCGCUUAUCCGGGAUUGGGUUGCGGGGCCACGUGCAGUGUAUGUUUUUUAAUUGUUUGCGUCCUUUUGUUUGUUUGUUUUUUUUAAAGGAAAAAAAUGUCUUGUUCACUGUCUGAUUGUCUCAUUGUGGUUAAAUUGUCUAUUUUUUUUGCAAUGUAUUUUUUUUAAUUCUGUAUUUAUAUUGAAUGGUUCAAACGAAAGAUCUUGUUUUUGAUUUGUUGAAAAAAAGAGCAGAAUUCCACAUAUAUUGAUAGGUGUUCCUGUCUCCUGUGACUUAAUGUUGCAAUAUUAAUUCUUAUAAAAUAAAAGCCAUAUGUUUUCCA